AUAAAAAUUAGAAAUUCUGAGCCCCAAAUUCUCGCUCUCUCCUCCCUCCUCUCUCGCCACCGCCCGGCCCCGCCUACUCCGGCAGCAGCACUGCAAGCCUACAGCAAGCUGCACUGCAGCACCAGUACGGCAGACGACAAGGCUUAAAGAUGUUGAAGAGCAGCAUAAAAAGGUUCUUGAAGAAGAUCCUUAGGCGUUUGACUAUGAUGGAGUAUAUGAUGAAAUGACGGAGAAACAAGUUCUUCUUAAAGAGCAAGAUCGCCAAGAUAGAAAGCCAAGAUAUAUUCAAGGACUGAUAGAUAAGGCAAAAAACAACAAGAGAGUUUAUGAGAGAAAACUUGCCAAUAAGAGAAGUCAAAACCAACAUUUGUAUGCGGAUAAAAUAAGUUGGUGACUAGUGCUCACAAGGCAGAGCAAGCCAAAUUGAUGAAGGAAGAGGGACUUGGUGAUGAUGUUACCACGAAGGCAGAUCUCAAUGAUUUUUAUUUCAACCUUUCCAAAAACAUAGCAUGUGGUUCUGGAGAUGCUGAUAAGGGGAAAUCCAAAAAGCAUCCUGAUGAAGCGGUAGUUCAGCCACCGCAUCAGGUCUCUUCUUUGACAACUGGUGCUAGUUCGGAUUCAUCAAGGAUGGCAAAGAGGCAUCAGGAUGAGAUUGCUGGCAUCAUUCUCCCAAUGAGAAGUCUGACCAACCUUAUAGAAAGCCUAUUUCUGAUUGUCCUGUUAAAGAUCAGGUCGCGGAUGAACAAUCAGCUUGUAACCUACCAAGACCCGACAGUAAAAAAAGAAGCGAGGAUGCGGUGUCUGCUGCAGGGGACCAAAAGGGACUCGACGAUCAAAAGGGAAGUCAAGCAAGGACCAUCACAGGAGAAGCCAGGAUGCACUGGCUGCAGUGAAGGAAGGAUUUUUGGCCAGAAAGAAAGCGAAAGCACAAACGAAUUUGUGAUAGAAAUCAACCAACCGCUGUUUCUUCUUGUUUUCAAGUGCCUCUGCGACUCUUGAGUAAUUUCUAAAUCAGGCAGCUUAUCAAUGUUAAAUCGAAGCCAAAAUUAAGCCUUGGUCUUAUGAUUCAUUUUUGAAGUCUACUGUUGGAUGUAAAGUUGGCUGCUUUCGUAUAAUGGUAGCGCGGUUCAGUGCACACGUGGGCCCCUCGGAGCGAGUGGAACGAACACCCAGGUACGUAAAGGGUUGGAGUCCGGUUGGCUUUUCUGUCUGCCAAUCCCCAUAUGAAAACGACGAUUCUUCACAUGUCUCGUUGCUGUGUGCCCAUGUGGUUUGUUGCCACUUUAGCUUCAUGUUGCUCAAUGUGGGAGUUAGGUAGGCAGACUUAUCGUUGUCUAGAUGAGUCAUUGCUUGUAUUCAACCUUAUUUGUCUUCCACAUUUGGUAUAGUUUUCUUACAGUCUUUCUAUGUGCUUUUGUAAGAAGGUAUGAAUGUAUUCGAACUACAGAAACAUUUUGUGUUGUUUACCUUGAAAUUUAUCCAGACGUAACAACUGCGAGUUUUCCCAUCACCCACAAAAAGAAGGGGAAAAAUAAAUAAAUGAAACUUCAUGAUAACAAAAGAUCUCUGAGAUGAUGUGAAAAAGUAGAUUCUUGAAGCAAGAUUGGAACUUUUUUCUCUUUUUUGGCAUUUCUUGGAGAUUCUUGAAACAUAAUUGAAGCUAUUUUGCAAGUGUGCAGUAAAAAGCAUUAGAUGCAGUGGAUGGGGAAGUUGAGGGGCAACGGUGCCAAUUAACGGCUACUGCCAACUAAUCUUUUAUCAUUGAAUGCAAGAUUGCUCGAUCCCAACUUGAUCAGCUAAGGCCCACUGGUUUCUGUCAUCACACUUUUUUCCCUUUCUUUGCCUCUCCAUUGAUGUUCACGUUCACAUGCUCACUGACAGUUGUUGUGGUCAACAACACAUAUAGAAACGUGUUUUCCUUAAUCACUCCUCAAAAACUAUAUCAUAUUUCUAGGUUAGAUCAGAACUUGAAAAGUAGCUAAAAUAGGCACGAUGUCUGCUUGCAUUGUGUUCAUCAUCCCUCUCUUGCUCUCUCUCUCACCCUCAACCUCUGCAGCAGCUCCCAUUCCCAUCUCUCUCUUCAGCCGCCCUCCCUCACUCGGAUCCGCUGCAGAGGCUCACGGAGCUAGCUUCAGCCGCGGUGGCCCGGGCCCACCACCUCAAGAAUGGCAAGAUUUCAUCUCCCUCCACCGCCCCUUUGUUCCCCUUCAAUGGAGCAUACACAGUCUCCCUUCGCCUUCGGCACCCCGCCUCAGUCCAUACCGAUGAUCAUCGACACUGGCAGCAGCUUCUCUUGGUUCCCUUGCACCAAGAGAUAUGUCUGCAGAAACUGCUCUCUCCCUUCAACAGCUAUCUCUUCCUUCAUGCCUAAGCAAUCAUCCUCGGCCAAGGUUGUGGGAUGCACGAACCCUAAGUGUGGUUGGCUUCACAAACCAUUUGAUCCCAACACCAGCUGCCAAGAUUGCCUACUGUCCAAAGCAAACUGCACUCAAAUCUGCCCGCCGUAUAUCAUCCUCUACGGCGUAGGCUCCACUGGAGGUGUGGCCAUGGUGGAGACCCUCAGCAUGCCUCAUGGGAAAAUCGAGGAUUUUCUCGUGGGGUGCUCCCUCUUCUCCUCGAAUCAGCCUGCGGGAGUGGUUGGAUUCGGGAGGGGAGUUUCCUCACUGCCGAGCCAAUUAGGCCUCAAGAAGUUCUCAUACUGCCAUGUCUCUCACAAGUUUGACAACACCCCUAGGAGCAGCUUCCUCAUGAUGGAUUCGGAUUCGGAUUCAGGGAGGAAGACUGCCGAGCUCAAGUACACGCCAUUGUUGAAGAAUCCGGCAAGGGAUGAAGGCAGUGCACUGGCGGAUUACUACUACGUCAACUUGAAGAAGAUCAUUGUUGGGGGGAGGAAAGUCGAGGUCUCUCACCAAGAACUCGUCCCGGAUGAGGAUGGCAAUGGUGGGACUAUAGUUGAUUCGGGGUCGACAUUUGUUUACAUGAAUAAGGCGGUGUUUGAGGCCGUGUCGGAUGCAUUCUCUGAGCAGGUGACGGAGUACGAGAGGGCUGCGGAGGUGGAGGGUGCGACGGGGUUGAAGCCUUGCUUCGAUAUUACAGGGCACAAGGAUGUGAGGAUCCCAGAAAUGGAGCUGCAUUUCAAGGGUGGGGCAAAAAUGAUGUUGCCACUUGACAAUUACUUCUUUGUUGUGGAUGAUGACAAGAGGUCAGUCUUGUGCCUCACAGUGGUCACCGACGACACGUUGCUCGGGCCGGAUCUCGUGACCGGGCCGUCGUUGAUCCUGGGAAAUUUCUUGAUGCAGAACUUCCAUGUUGAGUAUGAUCUGUUGAAUGAGAGGUUUGGGUUCAGACAGCAAUCUUGCUCAUGAGAUGCUAGGAAAUUUAUCAGAUACUAUAUAGCAAUAAUUUGUGUAACAAACUUAUAUAUCAUUGUUUUACUAGUACACUCGCUCGUGCGAUGCACGGCCAAUAUAGCUUUGCAUUAAAAUUAAACGAUGUCGUGUGUGUAUCGGCUAAGUGAUUAGGGGUUAAUGUCUAAAACCGAAGGUCUUGGGUUC